AGGUCCAAGCAAAUGGAGGAGGCGCAAGGACUGAAGGCGAGGAAUGCGGAUAAGAACGUCGCUGUUCAGGGAGUCAUUCCCGGCAACAUCUUCAAAGAUCUUGAUAUGCUGGAGCUUCACUUUCAAGGCUUGGAGGUGUUCCAGAGCGAGUGGACUGUUGAUGAAGACAUGUUUGUUUUGAAGCAUUUUGGCAUGAAGAAGACAGCAGCGGCGAAAAUAGAAAACCUUUACAAUGGGAUGAUACACAAACUGCAAUACACGUUCACCAAGGAAGGAGUGUCCGUGGAUGACCUGAAGAAACGAUUUGAGGACCUGUCGAACCCGCAGCAGGCGAACCGAUCGGAGCUGAUCAAGAUGUUCCUUCAGACGGAAAGCAGGGCGGAGCGAGAGGCGGUGGGAACCUUGCAAGAGCUGAAGACGCAGGACUCCUUGUCCAAUAAGAGUGCGGAGGACAGCUUCUCGUCCAAGGACGCGACCAUUGAGGUGCGGGUGGUAGGAGACCGCCCAGAGCCUCAAAUCGUCAUGGCAAAGCGAAAGCCUCUCCUUGAUCAAAGCGAUUUCUUCCGAACUAGAACCGCCAGCAUCGAUCUCCCGAACUCUCCAGCAGUUGUCGAGCUAGAUGUCAACGACACGAACUUGAAGGCUGUAAAACCAUUCCAGGUCUUAUCCAGCAACAUCCUCGAACGAGUUUUCAAGGUCUGCGAAAAUCCGCAAAUCGUUGAGAAGGCGCAAGUCUUGGAAGAUGAAUUGAGGGAGCUCAAGGAAAGGAUUGACAACAAAUACGACGACAAUCUCAAGGGACUGCAUAGACG